CCCACUCACCACCACUACCCGCGUGUCUGCGUCUGCGUCUGCAUUUGCGACGCCGCUGCGAUGUCUUACGCAUCUUCUGGCCAGUUCCCCCCCCUGGCGCAGCCAAACAGCUACUCUAAGCCAAUCGAUAAUUCCCUCUCCCCAGAGCCAUCUGACCAGGGAGGCCGGGACGGUGGGCGACACCCACACCGACGUGGCUACCAGGCCUGCCAGCGAUGUCGCGAAAGAAAAGUCAAGUGUGAUCUUGGAAGUGUCGAUGCCCCAUCUACUCCUCCUUGUAAGCGCUGCUUGCGCGAGCGACUUCCUUGCGAGUUUGCGCCGACCAGAAAAAAGCAAAAGAAAUCCGAUGGAACUGCAAGAGAUGUGUCUCAUGAUCACACCCUCCGACCUGCCAACGAUGCGAUCUCUCCCAUCGCAGCAAAACUGACCAAUGCCACUUCGCCUCAUGUCGCAAACUCUGGUGGCGCCCGAUUAGGCUGGUCAGCUCGCGAAUCCAUCACCUCUCAACCGCGGGACGAAUAUCUCUCCACGGGAAUUGGCAAUUCGUCCAACAAGCACUCCAAUGUUCACCUACACAGUCAGGUCGCAGCGGCGACUCUUAAUGCCCCUAUGUCAAGCACGCAAGACAACAUCAUGUUACUGGUGGAUGCUGCCAAUGCAUUCUCGGAAAAUGCAACUCCGAUUGAAAAGGAUAGUCCUCAUUCGGAACGGCCUGGACGCAAGCGAACCCACUCCAAUAUGAACCACAUCGGACCGGACGCGCCUAAGGAUGUGGGGAUGACUCCAGAAGAGCAAGCUGAGCAACAGGCCGGCAUCAACGCAUGGACAGAUAUGCGAUUUGUCAGGAACGGUUGGUUUACUGCGUGGGAAGCGAUGGAUUAUAUUGAGUACUUCUACGAAAGGCUUGCACCAAUGACGCCUGUCGUGCUUCCCGAUUAUCGAUCUCCAUUCAAACACCGCGAGCUUCUCGUCAAUGAGCCGAUUCUGGCACUUGCCAUGCUUGCAAUUGCUUCCCGUCAUAUGCGACUGUCAGGGCAUGGUGCUUUAUAUCGGUCGUACUUGAUACAUGACAAGUUAUGGAACAAUCUCCGACGUCAGGUAGAACGCCUUCUCUGGGGCCAGGAACAAUUUGGGGGCGGUUUCUCUGGCGGCGGCAAUGCCUCAAGCUUGCGUGAAUCUCAAUCCGGGCAGCUGACAUGGACUGGCAGCUUGCGCACUCUUGGCACCAUUGAAGCACUGCUGGUCUUGACUGACUGGCAGCCUCGCGCACUUCAUUUCCCUCCAGGUGAUGGAGAGACGGGGCUUCUGGACGCCACUCUGGUGCCGCAUACUGAUAAUAAGCCGCGCGAGCCGAGGGGCGGCAGAGAUUACGAAAACUUGCCAUAUGCGAGUUGGUUGGAACCGGCAUGGCGUUCGGACAGAAUGUCAUGGAUGCUUCUUGGACUGGGACAAAACCUCGCGUUUGAACUCGGGGUGUUUGAUACUGACCACCAAGAUUGUCGCCAUUCACACGGGCCCGAUUCCGAGUGUGCACGGAAAGCACGGAUUCGGCUCCUUCUAUUGGUCUAUGUCGCUCAGACCGGUGGCCGGAUGGGCGUCCAGUCGUCCUUGCAUGUCGAGCAGUGGGAAGGUGACACCAUCUGGGAGCGUAACAAACAAACCAUUGAGCCGAAGCCCGGAGAGUACUCAGUUGAUCUGAUGCAGAAUUGCUGGCUUCAAAUUGCGAGGUUGAUGAAUAGAGCCAACCGUGAUGUGUUCUCCUCGGCACAGUUUACACGAAUAUUGACAUCCAGUGGCAGGUACAAAGAGGCUAUCAAGAAAUUCGAGCCUUUGUUGAUGCACUGGAAGAAUGUGUUUGAAAAUGCCAAGGAGCACAUUCAUCCGGUGAUGAGACACAUCCUGACGAUGGAAUAUCAGUAUGCCCGGCUGUAUCUGAACUCCCUGGGACUGCAGAAGGUGGUGGAAACAUGGGUCGAGUCGGGGUCGAACCAAGGAAAGGCGACACUAGCCAAAGUGAUUGAAGAGAACCGAGCCUACAUUGGCGAAGUGACUGAUGCGGCUUUGGCUAUCUUGAGAGAGGUGACGGAAGGUAUUGGGCCAAAAGGCUAUCUGAGAGAUGCUCCUGUACGAACAUUCCUACGCAGCUUGUCAGCUAUGAUGUUUGUGCUUAAGCGAUUCAGUUUAGGAACGCAUGAGAAGAUGGUGAGAGAAUGUCUGGAUCAGCUGGAAAAAAUCACGACGGAGAUGUCUAAGCAGGUGGUGGACGAUGUUCACCUCAGCGCAUCGACAUCACGACUAGUGACCAACAUUGUCAAGAACGUAAAACAGACGUUGAUCCGAGUUCACCUCCCCGGCACAGGAUCAGCAGGGCCUAGCAGAGAUCACUCUCGGCCGCCGAGUCCGCAAGGAAAUGGACAAGGCAACGCAGAGGUUCCUCACUCGUCAUCUGUCCUACCAUCAACAUUGGCGCAGCAGCUCAGUCCCGGAUGGAGUUUACGCGAUCCUUUGGCGGGGAUUGAGGCGAAGCCUAUGGCGGAACUGGAAUCGCAAAUGUUUGUCCCUCCGCCAAACAUGGUGAUGGAUGGCGAUAUCCUCGAUCAUGCGUUACCGGUGGAUUCCAGCCUCGAUCCUUCGAUGACGGAUUUCUCCGACUGGUUCGCGUUGCCGCUGGACAACCUCUGGCACAAUUCGGAUGCCACGGUGGACAAUGGAUUUGGAGGGCUUGGACCGACGGUUGGACGACAGGACAUGCUGGAAGUGCUGACCAACCAAGACUACAAUCAAAUGCCGUGGAAUGGAGGGUUUCCUUCAGGACUACAAUAAGGCCAAAAGUAUUUGCGAGAUGGAACGAGAGGCAAUCAUGGCACCUUGUUGACGAUAGCAUGUGCGAUAUACCCACAUUCCUAUGAUUGUUUUAGACAUGAUAUGGCAUAACGACACAGGUAACGUUUGAUAUGCAGAGCAUGCGCGUGAGAGCGUCACAGUCGGCAUCUGGGGCGAUG